GGAGGAGCCAGUAAAGCUGCUCAUUACUGAUAAAGAGCUGAAUAAAGAGGAAGUAACUAAAGCAGACAGACGUAGAGACAGAGAGAUUCACACAGAGAUCAUUCAGCAGAAAGAAGACUGAACUCAACUCACAAUGAAGAUCCUCCUCAUCUUCCUCACUUUCUACCUGAUCUCAGCUGCAGUGAGAUGCUUUAGCGUCACGGGAUAUUCUGGAGGAAGUGUUCUUGUGGAUCCUGGGAAACCUUGGUUCAGUGCAAAUGUUAAAUGCAUGAAUAAAUUACCUGAGUGGACAAAUAUAAUGAAUAAUACGAAACAUGACAAAUGGAUCAAUGUUGGAAAAUUCACAUUGUUUCAAAAUAAUGAGGGAAACCUCAUGAUCUACAUCAGAGAUUUGAAGGAGCAUGAUGCUGGAGGAUACUGGAUUGGUGUUCUUUACAAGUGGGGUAUAGAUAUGACUUUACAUGUGGAAGAAGAUUCAUGUUGUAAAGUGUCAAGGAGAGUGAUGGUGAAUAUCGGAGAAACUGCCAAUUUCAGCUGUGAAUAUUUACAGAAUCAUAUUAAUAACCCCAAGAUUAUAUUCAAAGAAGAAAAAGACUCUAUUGAGACGAUUUACAGCAAAUGGAAGAAGAAAGAAAGAUUCAGUAUUUCUGAUGACAAACAUAAAAAGAUCUUCAGUGUAAGAAUCACUGCUGUGACACCAGAUGAUGGAGGAGUUUAUUUAUGUGGAGUUUGGAUCAGCGGAGACUCGUACAGUUACUCCAUUAUUAAUACUAUUCAUCUACAUGUUAUGAUGCCUCCAGUAGUGAGACAUGAAGGAGAAUCUGCUGAGAUCAUCUGCUCUUAUGAUUCAAUCUAUAAAUCAAAGCCAAAGUCUCUCUGUAAGGGGAAGUGCUCCACUAGAGACAGAAAUCCUCUCAGUGAGACUGUGAGAGAAGAGAAAGAGACCAAGACUGGCAGAUUGACUCUGAAUGAUGACGUCACUGCAGGUGUCUUCACUGGGACCAUCACUGGACUGACAGCAGAGGAUGCUGGGAAAUACUGGUGUGCAGUGACAUUAGAAACAGAGCUCAAUUAUCUUUACACUCAUCUGAUCGUCAUCAUGAACGAGGAGCUGAACUUGACUAAGUAUGAAGGAGACGACGUGUCAAUCCAGUGCAAACAUCAUGAUGAAGAUCAGAAAAUCUUCUGCAAAGCACAUGAAGCCUCCAUGUGUGUGAAGGAUGGAGUUUCAUUGGAGACGAUCAGAGAUGAUCGAUUCUCUUUCAGUGAUGAAGCAUCUACUGGAGUCUUUACUGUGAACAUCACUGAUCUGAGAGAAGAGGAUUCUGGGACAUACUGGUGUGGAGCUCAUGUCAUCACUAAAGUCAGACUCACUGUAAAAACAGAUUUCACCUUGUUAAACCUGAUUUGUGUUUCUUCAGCUCUGAUGCUGAUUGGUGGAUUCUCUCUGAUUAUGUGUAAAUUAAACCUGAAUGAGAACAUAGUGUUAUAUAAAGCAGAUGAUAAUCACUACUGACUAAUUCAAUCCCUGGAAUAAAGGUCAAAAUGUUUUUGUCCAAAUGAGGGCAACACAUAAUGUCUUCAAAGGGAUCUUUUGUCUAAGUUGUGUUGUGAAUGUUGGCAUGAGCUCAUCAUCAGAGAGAUGGGACUGGUGAAUCCAUUCUUCUGCUAAAUUAUUGUGUUUCAUCUGUACGGUAUGUUUAUUUCUCCACAUUCUGACUCCAAUUCUGGAGCAGAUCCACUUUUUUCAUCCUCUGACAAACAUCUCUACACCUACCGGAAAACAUGAAUUUUCGAGAAGUGUGAAGACUGUCAUCCAUGAUGAUACAGUCAUCUCCUGUAGGAAGGAUGUGUACUCUGUUUACUUCACUGUGAGUCACCAUACAAGACUCAGAAAGUUCCUUUGUGAUCACAGAUCGUCACACCUUACAAACAGUUGUGUUUGAAUGUUUAAAAAAUAUUUUAUAUACAAACCCGAUUCCAAAAAAGUUGGGACACUGUACAAAUUGUGAGUAAGAAAGGAAUGGAAUAAUUUACAAAU